AUGGACACCACCGCCACCAAGGAGCCGACGCGAAGCAACUACGUGCUGCCGCUCGAGUACGUCAUGCACCCGGCGAAAUGGGUCGACGACGAGCAGCGCGACAGCUGCCGCGUGUGCUCUCGCAACUUUAACCUCCUGCGCCGCAAGCAUCACUGCCGCGUCUGCGGCGACCUCGCAUGCUCCAACUGCCUUGUCCGAGAGGCCGUCGAGAUGACGCUGCCCGGCACAAACGACGUCAAGGUCUGCUUGCUGUGUAUCAUCGUGCUCGAUGAGACUGCACCGUGUCCAUCGUCGCGCAGCGAUGCGUCGUCGUGCUCGUCGCUCUCGUCGUCGUCGACGUCGACGUCGAUGACGAGCCGAAGUCACUCGGCCUCCUGCGAUGUGCUCCUCGUCGACCGGCUCGCGAGCCCUCUUGAGUGGGUACCUAACCAUUCGCGCCAAUUCUGCCUCCUCUGCAAGGCGUCCUUCAAUCCGUUUCGGCGCAAGCACCACUGCCGCGUGUGUGGAGAACUUGUCUGUAGUCAGUGCUUGAUUCGCAUGCCCGUCGCCCUCCCCCGCCAAAUUACGGGCAAAACGACAACCAAGGCCUGCGUCACGUGUGUUAUGGACCACGUCGAACGGACACCUGUCGGUCGAUCGGCGCCGCGCUUCUAUUGA